AUGAGAAAAACUACUUUAUUCUUUGCCCUUUUGCAAAUUGCCCUUGCUGCUAAACGUGCCGAUGAUGACUGUAAUGAUCAUUGUACAGCUGCUUUGGCAAAACAAAAUAGUUGUGGUGGUUCUGGUGAUGCUGGUACCCAAUCUGAAACAUUGAAAUGUUUAUGUAAAGAUGAAGAUUAUUGGAGUGAAUUGGCUCAAUGUAACUGUUCAAAUUAUGAAGAUGAUAUCACUGCUGAAGAUCUUAGAAGUUACUAUUGUGGAAUUGGUGUCACUAGUGGUGAUUCCUCAAGCUCUGCUUCUUCUUCUUCUUCCUCCUCCUCCUCAUCUUCUUCCUCAACUUCCACCGGUAAGACUGCUGCUGCUGCCACAACUGCUAAGUCAUCAUCUUCAAGUAGUUCAACUUCCACUUCUUCAAGCAGUUCUUCUAAAUCUAGUUCUUCUAAAGCUAGCUCUUCUACUACCAGUACCAACAACAAUGACAAGAAGACUACUUCAUCUACUUCCACCACCACCAACGAUGACAAGAAAACUACAUCAUCAUCAAGUUCAUCUACUUCAAGCUCAUCUUCAUCAAGUUCCUCAUCAUCAUCAUCAUCAUCAUCAUCAUCAUCAUCAUCAUCAUCAAGUGCUAGCUCUACCUCUACUGAUGGUUCCAAUGGUGCUGCUGGUUCUAAAUCAGGUUCUUCUGAUGCUGAUGCUUCCGGUUCUGGUUCAGACUCUAAUGCCAGUGAAACUAAUUCCAAAUCUGAUUCUGAAUCUAAAGAAACUGAUUCCAAAUCUGACUCUGAUGCUAAAGAAACUGCUUCUGCUUCUGCUUCUGGUGCCGAUUCUGCUUCUGGUUCCGAUUCUAACUCUAAUGCCAGUGCUUCUGAAACUGAUGCAUCCGAAACUGACAACAAAUCUGGCUCUGAUUCCAGUGAAACUGAUUCUGUUAAUGCUAGUGAAACUGACGCCAGUGCUUCCAAAUCUGGUUCUGACGCUGAGUCAAGUGAAACUGAUGCUGAUUCAUCUGAAACUGAUAAAUCCGGCUCUGAUGCUGCUACUGAAACUGGAUCUGCUUCCGGUUCUGGUAAUACUGUCGUUGCUAUUGCUACUGCUUCUGGUGAUUCCAACAGUUCUGAAACUUCUUCAGGUAGCGCUUCUCACUCAUCUACUGCUUCUGGUUCCAAAACAAAUGGUGAAUCCACUAAUGGUGGUUCAUCUAGUUCUACUAAAACUAACGGUUCAUCCAGUUCUACUAGAAGUGGUUCUUCUUCCAACUCAGCCACUACUUUAAUUUCAUCAUCAUCUGGAUCCAACUCAACUAACUCAUCUAGUGCUUGUUGGACCACUACUGUCACCACUACUGUUAGAGCUGGUGCUGCUACUGUUCCAGCUUUGGCUGCUGGUUCUUUAUUUGCUUUGGCUUUGAACUUUAUUUAA